AUGAAUUGUCGUCAAUACUAUCCAGAGCCGUAUGUCGUGUUGCCAUCAAUACAAUCCAUGCUAGAUGGAGCUCAAGUUAACCCUCAAUACCAACAAUACCACUAUACCCCUCCAUCAUACAAGCCACCUGUCUCAAUAUACCAACUUCAGACUCUAGAACCCUCUCUGGAAAAUAUGAACAAUGCAGCAUACCAUCGCUCAAGACAUAUGAGACACUAUUCUGAUGUGACGCAGUCCAGAAAGCAUCAGAACUAUCAUCGUUAUGAACAUAGGCGAGCAGUGUCUGAGCAUGCAUUUGAUCACGCUAGAAACAAAUCGACAAACUGCAUGAUGCCUCAUUUCUGCUAUGACCAGCAAGACUCUGAAGACUCGUCUUCUGGGUGUUCAACGCCACCGCCACAACAGCAGCCAUGUGUUCGUCUACAAGGACUCGCGCUAGACAAGUAUGAUUGCCCUCAUUGCGACAAGAGAUUCUCUAGACCCUCCUCUUUACGUACACAUAUCUACUCUCAUACAGGAGAGAAGCCUUACACGUGCAAUCAUCCAGACUGCAACCGUACUUUCAGUGUUAGAAGCAAUAUGCGCAGACAUAUGAAAACGCAUAAACCUUUUAUUCAUAGAGCUAAAAAAUAG